AUGGGAGUGGUGACUGAAAAGAUUCUGACGGCACCGUUGGUGGCUGCUUUUGUAACGUUUGCCGUGCGAAUACUUAUGUACAAUUGUAUGGAUUACUUUUCUCUUCCAUAUCAUUUUGGUAUCACAACUCCCAAUACGGGUGCUGAAGUGUGGAAAGAAGCUGUUUUUUGGAAACAUCGUUUCGGUGCUGUUCCUGAAUUUCUUGGUGGCAUUGCCCCAUGGUAUGCUGAGUAUAUCCCAGUGGCAUCCAGUACGAUGUAUGUAGUGAUAUUAUGUUUGUUUGAUGCUUUGACAGCAUUUUUUGUAAGUCAAUGGCCGUCUGCUAUGCCUCAAAUUACUUUUUCGCUUUUUGUGCUGAAUCCUGUAAUGAUUUUCUUGCCAAUUUUGGAGUCUUUGGCACCUGUAGAGCAUUUAUUACUGACUCUUGUUAUAGAAUGUUGCCUUAGACGAAGAAAAUAUCCUUACUUGAUCUACGUUGCACGAUUAGUUCAACCUAUAUUAGGGUUUUCUUUUAUUGCUCUUAUUAUAGCACUAUGGUUUCCUGUUGGAACUUCAAGUCCAAGGAUUGGUCUUGUGGCUUCUCUUUUAGGUGCUUUUGGUGUGGGUGGACUAGGUCUUCUUUAUCUCUGGUAUUGGGGUGCUUUAAGUGAAAAGACUUCUCUCUAUUCCCCACCUGAUAAUGGGGUGAUGUGGUAUGUACGUCUUCUUAUUCUUCCCGCAUUUGGUCGCUGCGUAGACGUUUUUGAAGUUCAACUCCCAGCAGUUGUUACUCUCCCACUAGCACUCGCACUUCCUGCUGAAGUUCCAAAAUCAAAAGGAGUUCAAUCAAGUUCGAUUCCAGGGGAUAGACGAUUGUUUUUGGUUUUAUUUGCCAUAUGUGUUAGUAAACUGUGUCGUUCUAAUCUAGCUCUUUCAGACUACUCAUUGGGUGUACUUUUCUUGUAUUCUCUCUUGGAGGUGUCAGAUAAAAAAUCCAAGAAGAAUGGGAAAAUAUCAAUGUUUGAACGAAUGCUUGGGGCAAAUGUAUUUGUUCCUGUUUACACAUUGUUAUUGGUAGUUCCCUUACAACACAGUUUUUACACAGGAUGGGUUAUGUGGGAUACAGCAAACCCCAACUGGGUAUUUUUUCCACAGGUGGCCUUUGUUAUUAUGGGUAGUAUUUUUCUUCUUACUUUUCUUAACGUAGCAGUGGACGCCAUUCAGGCGGAAACGGAGGUGGACACUGAGAAAAGUUAA